AUGUGGAGUACAAAGAUUCAUAAAAAAAAACAAGUUGGGCAUCCAUUUUAUUUUAAUUCUGAAAGUUUAGAAAAGCUUAAUUUUAUACUUAAUAAUCGAUUCCAUUUGACAAAAGCUAAGCUUUGUAAAGAGUGGAAGAGAGAAGAAAAGCAAAAAAUGUAUCCAAGAACAAUGUUUUGUGCUUUACAAAUAAUUGGACUUAAAUCUUAUAUAGCUCUUCCUGUUUCUCUUCAUACCAAUAGACAUAUUAUUGAAAGAUAUAAUUGGUGCAAAGAAUUUGGUGAAAGACUAGACCCAGCCUAUCUUGUACCUGUUGCAAAAAGUAAAAGUCAAAUGAUUUGGGGUAGAUUUUCAUGGAAGGGUCAUGGUCAUCUUGUAGCAAUUCAUAAAUGGGUUAAUUCACAAAAAUAUAUUACAAUAUUAGAAAAAUAUAGAAUUCCAUCUUUUAGAAAUGCAAUUCCAAAGGGUAAAUAUUUUUUGCCUAAUGGAGCUUCUUCAGAUCUUAAUCCAAUGGAAAAUUUGUGGGCAUUACGACUAAAAUAUCAAUAG